CCUUGUAUUAUAUUACAUAGGAUAGUGCGGUGAUACAGAUAGUGACGUGCAUUCAUAGUGAUGAGAUAUCAGUAACGGUCAAGCGGUCAUUUAUUACUUUGCAGUGGACACAUAAACAAGCCCUUGGGGUUAGUCAAGUUAUUUGGAGUUUGUACCUUGUCCAGCUAACACUGAAAGAGGAUGAAGAUUACAUACGUUUUAGCACUUGUGUUGGUGUUUGCAGUGGUUGCUAUGGCAGCCAAGCCAAACAAAGCUGAAAGAAAAGCACUAAGGAAGUGCAAGCCUUACACGUUCAGUUAUACAGAAUGUGCGAAAGGUAACAUGACAAUCACAAAGAAUCCUACAGCUGGCGUGGAUGGCUGUCAGCCAGAAACAUAUGAAAAGCCUUGUGUUGAAGAGAACACUUUCACUUCAAAGAAAAAUGGUUGUGUGAUGACAAAGAAAAUUGAUAGAACUGCAUGUGGUGUACCUGGUAGUGACCCUGAAACAACAGAAUUUACUAUAACACUAACUAAGACUGGCUGUACAAAUAGCAAAAAGAACAAGGAGACUACAAAGACAGGACUUUGUAAAACUGGAGUCAAACCUAAAGGUGGUAAAGGAGGUAAAAGGGGUAAAGGCGGCAAAGGAGGCAAGGGAGGCAAGAGGAAAGGUAACCGCAGAGAGAAAAAGACACAGAAUCAGUAGGAGUGGCAUGGUAGAACAAAGUGCAAGCCUCAGUGUGAUGCUGAUUUAGUUCCUUUGCAAACAUUUUUAUAACAGAGAUGUGUCAGGUUUUAACAUAUUUUAAAAAAAAAUCCUUAUAAUUUUAAGAAAAUGAAAACUUUGAUUUAAAAACAAAUAGUUUUUUUUUAAAAAUAACAUUCUUUUUUCUUUCUUUCUUUUUUUUCUUUUUUGAUUAGUGAGCAAAAAAUGACCAUCUCUGUUAUUGAUGGAAAGUGCAGUUUUACCCCCAAAAGCGUGUUUUAUUAAUCAAACUUAGUGACAUUUUAACAGCAUGUGAUAAACAAUGGUUAAAAGAUGUAACAUUUUAAUAAUACCUGCAUUGUGCCAAGUUAUUAUUUGCUUUUCUUAACUGUUCUCUUCUAGUAAAAACACCCCAUAGAUAGUUUGUUUGAAUUCAAAAUAAAUAGUCCACAUCAUUAUAAGUAAAGUAUAUCUACAGUGUGGUUAAAGCGACAGUUCAAAGUGUACUGAUAUUUCAUGCUGAAAAAAUGAAAUAUUAUAAACUUAACAUGUUUAUGUAACUAUUGCACAGGUCAGAUGUUUUAGGGGAAUUGGUCGUUUACUUGUAAAAGUAUGGUCCUAGCAUGUGUGAACUCUGACCUCUGUGUAUUACCAUUUUUGAUUUGGAAGCGCUAGAAAGUUUAGAAACAUCAUGGUGAUCCCAUAGUGAUUCGAGUUAAUGCGUACCUAAAUGAUUUAGCAUAUUCCAUGCAAAUGCUUGUAUCAUAUACAGUGGAUUGCUAAUGUUUUUAAAAAUUCAUUUACACUAUGAACUGUCGGUUUAAUGGAGCAAGGAAGGAGAACAAAAAAAUAUUUGGCUUAUUAAUUCCAAAAGGGGUAUUAGCCCUAGAAGAGAUCUAGUAUAUGAUAAUUUAAGAAGUUUAACAAUUUUAAAAACGGGCUUAGCAUGGCCUUUGUCAGAUUUUUUUCAUUUGUUGUUCCAUGUAUUAACUAUUGUAUGCCGUAAUCAUGUAUUUUAUAUUGUUAGAAGUUUUGUAAUAUCGUCAUCUUAACAUUUAAAUUUCAUCUUUUCAUUACAAAAAUGUAUUACAUUGUUAAUAUAAAUAUAUAAAUACUGAAGUUUUUUUACAAGCAGCAAAUUUUUCUCAAGUAUUUUUUUUUUUUAUUUAUAGUUUUGAUAAAAAUCACACUUUCAGAAGAUUAUGCUAAUUUCAUCAUGCACAGUUACAGUUUUUUUUUCAUUCAUAUAGCCAUUCUUUUUGUCUUCUUGCACAUAUGUAAUUAUUCUAUUCAUUUGUAAUAAAAAAUAGAUACUGAA